AUGGCCCACGAGCCAGCACAUCUUCUUGGCAAGGCCGCGAGCAACACGCCUAGUCGGACUCAGCGAGCGCGCGCGACGUCUAUGCCAAAUGUUCGGUGCCAGCACGCGGGGGCGCCGCUGGCGGCCGCGGGGCUCUUCGGCGCGGCGGCCGCCACCGACGCCCUCGACGGCUACCUGGCGCGGCGGUGGGGGCAGACGACUUCGCUGGGGGCUCUGCUGGACCCGCUGGCCGACAAGCUCCUGGUCACCGCGGCGCUGCUGGUGCUGGUGGAGCACGCCGCGCACCCGGCUGUGACCGGCCCCGCCGUCGCCAUCCUCUUUCGUGAGCUCUCGGUGUCGGGGCUGCGGGAGUGGGCCCAGUUCGCAGACGGCUGGCGGUCGGCGCGGCUGACAGGCGCGGCAGCCCAACGGGCUCGAGCUGCCCGCGACGCAGACAUGGAUCCGAAAGCGAUGGCAGCCUGCACCCAGCAGUGCGAGCCGUGCUCUGACCAGUCAGGCGUUCACAGCCGACCCCCGGAGCUCGAGGCGGCGCAGGCAGCAGCUGCUGCUACGCGGCAGGUGUCAUGUCGCGCACUGGUGGCCGAUGAUCGUCCCGUGAUGGCCACGACAGCGUUGGCAACGGACGACAUGAAAGAUGUUGACACCGACGGUGGUGAUCGUCGCCGCGGGUGA